AUGUCCAAAUAUCGUUACAUGCAACAACAAUCAAUUGAAGAUGCUAUGAUGAUGAUUGAUAGACAAGAUUCAAAUGGAGGAGAGAAUCAAACUAUUUUGUUCAACAAUUUCCUAUUAAAUGAUCUCGUGGAUAAUGUUAGAUGUGUGCCCUUCGAUAAAAUUAUCAACACAUAUUUAGUAAAUGAUGGUAAUAAAUACAGAUUUAUCAUUAAAACGAAUGAUAUUCCAUGGUUUUGUACUGCAGAUCGAAGAACACUUCAUGGUCGAACGAUUUUUACUUUUCGUUUUCCUACUUUAAGUGAUCCUGAUUCCUACGAAAAAUUUGAAUUAAAAAGCAAUUCGCUUUUUAUGCCGUCAGGAGGAAUCUGGCACGAAGUAGAGGGAUGGUACGAAUAUACUGCAUCUAAUUUAUCUUAA